UCCCGGGACAUCCCGGCUCGGCUGGCAGGGAACGGGCUGGGAAAAGCCGCGCGGCGUUUAUCCAUCCCCCGGGCAUGUGGGCGGUGAUCCCUGCGUCACUCAUGGAGCUAAUUAAGAGCUGAUUAGAGAUCAGUAGCUGAGGGGCAGGAUUCUGAGGUUGUGCUCUUGCCUGCGGGACUAGAGCAGCUCCAGCGCAGCCCAGCUCUGGCAGAGGCCGAGCCCACGCUGGACCGGGACCCCGAGAUGCGAUGGGGAGGGCGAGAGGGAUGAGGAGGACCCGAGACCUUGCACAAGCUGCGCUCAGCUCGCCAAGCUGCUUCCCCAGCCAAGGAAGCUUCUCCGAAGUGUUUUCUUUGGCUUACAAAGCACAGCGCCCCCGGCAGCCCCCACAGGGGCUGGGAUGAGGCGUGCCAGGCCCCCGGGAGCUGCUGCUUUGGCCGUACCUGCCCUGGCACACCUGGCACACCUGUGCCCACAUCCCUCGGGUGGCAUCGCGGGCCGGCGACGGCUGCCAGGGGAGGGAAGGGACGGGAGAAUGUCAGAUCCUCGGAGCUGCUUCUGCUGCAGCCCACUUCUCCAGACCCUCAGGGAGGCUGGGGGCUCCUGGGCACACAUUUGGGGUGCUGGGAGCCUUGGGGAGCCGCAGACAUCGCGGCAGGGAUGGGCAGAAGGGGCUGAGCUUGUCCCAACAUUGGAAAUACAACCGGCUCCCAAACCUCGCUAUUGCCAGCAGGAUCAGCAGCCCCUGCACAAUCCUUGACGUCUCCCAAAUCCUGCUCAGCCCCAGAGUUCGCUGUGGAAAUUAAACAGAACCAUCAGAGCAUUGCUUCCCCCUUGGGUAGGGCAAAACCCCGCAGCCCCUCGGUGGCAGAACAGCCCCUCUGCACCCCCACGGCCCCAGCUGAGCCAAAAUGUGCCCGGGGCCAGCACGGAGCUGCCGAGUUCCUGUUUGGAAGCCGGUCCUGCCAGGGUUGGUACCUGCGCACGGGGUCACCAGCGCUGGGCUUGUUGUUGUGAGUCCCGACUUAUCAGCGCCCUCGUGCUUCCCCGCUCGCCGUGCCUUCCUUCCGAGCCGAUUGUUGAUCCCCCAGUCUUGGCUGCACUACAAAAAAGGAGAUUUCCUGCAAUUGUUUCGCAGGACUUGCAGCCCGAUGCAAAAUUUUCUGCCUAUCAGCCCCUUCUCCAGCUCCGGGGCAAGGCUUGAGCCCCCUCGCUUCCCCUGCCAGACCGCGAGGCAAUCACGGCUCUGUGAUUAAUUGCUGCCCGGCCAGAGGUGCUUCUCUGGCCACAUCCAUCUGCCAUCGGCUGCUGCGGGAGCUCUGCGGGGCAGAGAGUUCAGCUUUCAGCCCUUUCCCCCCGAAAAGAACCCUGAGCUCACGCUGAUAUCGAGGUGGCAUCAGGGACAAUUUGGCACCUUUGUUAUAACCCAGCCCAGCCCCUCAAGAUUCCCAGCUCUGGGGCAGGAUCUGGGAUGUAUUUUCCUCCACAUAAGGAUCCAGGCAGGAUCCAACUUCUGAGCCCGGCGGGGUGACAGUGGAGGGGACGCUCAGGAAACCUUGGGGACCCCCGUCCGUCCUCAGGCACCUGCGGCUUCCACACCGACACCUGCCCGUCCCCUCCCUGCGCAAAAUCAAACGGGAGCCGAGUCCCAGGGCUGGAAAUGCAGUCGAAUGUCACCCGCGCUGGGCUGUCUCAGGAUGUUGCACCACGACGGUCAUUUCCUGCCCAGCAAGAGGCCACCAAGCCCACCCGAGCUCCGUGCCCAGAGCGCAAGAGCUGCGGAGCCGAGAGGAUCCCCCCGCUCCCGAACAGCCCCUGCCGCCGCCACCAGGAUGGCCGAGGUGACCACUGUCCCCACGGAGACACACACAGUCCCGAGCGAGUACGGGGACUACCACAACCUGUCCGAGCUGUUCUACCUCCUGAACCACACCUACACCUACUGCGAGUUCAGCCUGGAUGAGAACGUCAAGCGGGUGAUUCUCUUCAUCCUCUACCUGGUCAUCUUCGUGGUGGGCUUGGUGGAGAACCUCCUCGUCAUCUGGGUCAACUGGCAGACACGGGGCAGCAAGAGCCUGGUCAACCUGUACAUCAUCAACAUGGCCAUCGCCGACCUGGGGGUGCUGCUCUCGCUGCCCAUCUGGAUGCUGGAGGUGAUGCUGGAUUACACCUGGCUCUGGGGCAGCUUCCUCUGCCGCUUCACCCACUACUUCUACUUCGCCAACAUGUACGCCAGCAUCUUCUUCCUCACCUGCCUGAGCGUGGAUCGCUACGUGACGCUGACCAGCUCCUCCCUCUUCUGGCAGCGGCACCAGCACCGCGCCCGCCGCGCGGUCUGCGCGGGCAGCUGGCUCCUGGCCGCCACCAUCCCCGUGCUGGAGGUGGCCCACAUGCAGCUGGUCAACACCGGCGAGCCCAUCUGCAUCUUCAUGGCCCCUUUUGAGACCUACGACGAGUGGGCGCUGGCGGUCAGCUUGGCCACCACCGCCGUCGGCUUCCUGGUGCCGUUCCCCAUCAUCGCGGUGUUCAACGUGCUGACGGCGCGGUUCCUGCGCCGCGCCAAGCCCGAGAGCCGCAAGCACUGCCUGCUCAUCUACGCCUACAUCGGGGCUUUCCUGCUCAGCUGGCUGCCCUUCCACGUCGUGCUGACGCUGCUCACCCUGGAGGGAAACCACCUCGUCCUGCACUGCACCUUCGCCCACUUCCUCUACUUCUUCUACGACAUCAUAGACUGCUUCACGCUGCUCCACUGCGUCGUCAACCCCAUCCUCUACAACUUCCUCAGCAAGAGCUUCCGCAGCAAGCUCAUCUCUGCCGUGGUCAAGUACAUCCCCAAGGACCACGGUGGCCAGAAGGGCGCUGGCAACUCCUCCUCCAGCACGCAGCACUCCAUAGUCAUCGCAAAGGACAGCAGCCCUCCCAACUAAAGGGGCUGGACUCCCCCAGCCUCCAUCCUGGGGCUCCCUGGGGAUAGCAGGAUGGAUUUUCCUGUCGCUGAGGACACAGUUUGCUUGGGCACAGCCCUUCUUGGGCAGUGGCAGGAUGAGCUGCCAGCUCUGAGGAGAGCAGGGAGCUACGGACAUCUCGCCUCUGGAGUGUUGCUGUGUCCAACCCAAAGAAAGGAUAAGACAAAAUUAUAUUCCCUGUUUGAUGAGUGAAACCCUUGCAAUAAUAAAGCCUGUUACCCCACUCAGUGUCUGACACAACUCAGAACCCAUCCUGCCCCAAGCUGUGGGGUUGGAGUGCACAACCUGCCCCAUCACGGGUGUUCCUGCAUCCCCAAACUGUCCCUGAGCCCCAGCCCUGGGCAGGGCACUGCCUGCCGAGUGCCAUCCCGAGUGGGGAGAGGAGGAAUCAUCCCUUUGGAGCACAACUCCCCCUCACCAUGCCCAGCACUGUCCAGAGCCUGAUUUUUGAGAGAUGAAGGUGAAGCAGCCAAAGGGGCUGAGCAGGGCACAGACCUGAGAGGAGGAACAACUUAGAUUUGAGAUCAGCCACUCCUUCAGAGCAAUUUUGCAAACCCAGUGGUAAAUUAGUGAUGGCUAAACUGGGUUUGACUGGGAAGGGCUGCUCCAAACCAACUUUGGGUCCCUCAGCCCAUAACUCCAGCCUCCUCUGGAGCAUCCCCUGGCAGGUUUUUACAGCCACUGGGUGAAUUUCUCAACUCCAUCAGGCUCCAGCAACUCUUCCCCUUCCACCAAAGUCCCUGUGGGAGCACGAGCACGUGCAGAAAACCUUGGAGCUGGAGCAAGGGCUGGGUUUGUGCUGUGCAAGGAACUGCAGCAUCCGGAGAAAGUUCAUCCCUGUGUGAACCCUGAUCUCAGUCACGUGCUGCAGGUCGAGCCCUCGCUGGGGGAAGGUGACAGAGCCCAUAAAUCCUCCAAAGGCCUUGAGCUGCUCGAGGAACACGUGAAAAAAGCAGAGCAUAAGCAGUUCUGGGACAGGAUGCUGGAGCAGGAUGUCCCAGGAGAAACCCAUGACCAGGGCUCAGGAUGGAUGCGGGGUUAUCGUGGGGCUGGCUGGGAAAGAUCUGCCAGUUCCAGGGGUCCUUGAUGGGGUAAAAAACCCAAAAUACCUCAGGGUUUAUUUAGAACCCUAAAUCCCUCAGGGCUCUUCUGCAGGGAGGUUCCUCUGUAGCCCAGGACACGAGCACUGAGGGAACAAUCCAAAUGAACAGAAACCCUGGGAAGGCUCCAGCCCCUCCUCAGGAUUCCCUGCUCAGGCUGUUCCCCUCUCUCUGCUCCUCACACCUGUGAUUGCAGAACCUGGGGGUCUGUGAGACCCCCAGGCUGAGAUCUGCACCCACAGGACCCCACCACCUUCAUUCCCUCAUCCCAAAUCCUGAGCUUCUCUUUGCUAAUUCCCUCCCAUUUCCAAUGAAGAAAUGCAUGAUAAAUAAAACCAGCCGCUCACCAGGGGAAAAAUACAAGUCAAGAUACUAAACAAUGUAAAAUUUGUUAUUUCACUUAAUAAACUUAAUUUUUAGCUGUCUUAA